GAUCCAGACCGCAACGCGCAACACCGCUCAUCAGUCUCGCUUCUUGUCCGCUGAGACUAGAGGCUUGUGUCCCGGCCCCGGGCGGUGAGGCGCUGCCAACUGCCAUGUACCCGAAGGCGGAGGAGGGUACCGCGCGGGCUCAGCCGCCGGCCACGGGCAUCCCGAUGAGCGACGGGGGCGCGUACUACCCGGCGGUCGGCGCCACCGCGGCCUUCGCGGUGCAGGCGCAGGCGCCCAUCGCCCCGUGGUCCACCGGCCUCUGCGACUGCUUCGACGACUGCGGCAACUGCUGCGUGACGUGCCUGUGCCCGUGCAUCACGUUCGGGCAGAUCGCGGAGAUCAUCGACCGGGGGUCCUCGUCGUGCGGGUCGAGCGGGGCGCUGUACACGCUCAUCCUGCUGCUCACGGGGUGCCAGUGCGUCUACUCCUGCUUCUACCGCUCCAAGAUGCGCGCGCAGUACGGCCUGCAGGAGAGCCCCUGCGCCGACUGCUGCGUCCACUGCUUCUGCGAGCACUGCGCGCUCUGCCAGGAGUACCGCGAGCUCAAGAAGAGAGGCUUCGACAUGAACCUAGGAUGGCAUGCGAACAUGGAGAGGCAGAAGGGGCGUACUGCCGCCACCAUGCCACCGCAGAUGCACCCGGCGAUGACCCGUUGAUGCUGCACCUCGUCGUCGCUGCUAAAUCAAAGUGUCAUGUGUCCCUCCAUGCGAAUCAGAUUUGCGCUUGGGAAUUUGCAAGUGGGUCUGCCUAUAUGGACAACUAUUAGACCCACUCUAGUUCAUUUGGUUUUCAUUCUCAUAACUAGCAACUAGGUGAAAACGCAUUUCUAAUUGUGUGAAGUGGGUUUCAUGUCAGCCCAACUUUGUAUCCCUGUUUGCGCUACUCUUGCGUGCAUGCAUUUCCCACUAUGUCCUAUGUAUAUUUCACAGUAUGAGUUUGUAUGGAAAUACUAUUAUGUGAGAGUAAACUCUGUUUACUAGCUCCAACCUUUA